UUUUUAAUUUGACUUCUUUUGGUGCCACCAUGUGGCAGAAUCGUGACACUGCCCACCUGUCCUCUGCCUCCUACCUGCUGAGGGAGAGUUGAAAAGAGGUGCCAGCAGUUGGCCCAGUUGUACAGGGAGAUGUGGAUCCCAGUGGCAGUGGCAGUUUCUCUUACUGAUAGUAGAGAGCCUCGAGAAAUUUUUGUUAGGAGUUCACAUUUUGGGGAGAAUUCCUCCCUAGUGAAACAUGAUAUGAGUUUUCUCAUUCAUUCCUGCAGACAUUUACUGUUCAGGCUGUGCUGGGCCAAGGGGACGCAGCAGCCUAAUCCUCCAGGGGCCCCAGUCACAGGAGGAGUGUCUGUGAAUCAGUACCAGAUGGGCUGACUGGGAGCAACCUGGUGGCCACAGCCUCCAAACUGAACCUGAGAAAUUCUGACCAUCCUUCUGCCCCAGCCCAUAUCUCACCUUUUGUUAUUCUUUUAUUUUUAUUUAUUUGUUUUUAUUUUGCAGUACUUCAGAUUGAAUCCAAUGAUGCUCUACCACUGAGCUACAUCCCCAGCCCUUUUUAUUUUUUAUUUUGAAGCAGGUCAUGCUAAGUUGCCCAGGAUCGCCUUGAACUUGCCAUCCUCCUGUGUAACUGGAAUUAUAGGCGUGUGCCACUGUACCGAGCUCCUUUUUAUUAUUCUUGUAGUUCUCUCAUAAUCAAAAUUGCAUAUCUACAAGAACACAGCUUCGGACUGCUUUUUCAAUUUGGAGAUUUGAGUAGGUGAAGAUAGGAGCAAAUCCUGUGGCCUCUGUGUUAGCUGUACUGUGAGCAGUAUUCUGCCCCAUAUGCCAGUGAAGUCUGUUCUUACCCUGUCAGGUGAAGCUAAACUUAACUCCUGUGCCUCUUGACCAAAGUUUCCCUCCUCCAUGUAAUUUCAGAAUUUAGGCAGAUGGAGGGCCCUGGGAAAGCUGCUUCUGGGGCCAGGAGCUCUCCUCCCCUCAGGAGUCCCUGUGGCAUCCUACUCUCAGGCAGCAGGGAUUUGGGGGCAGGGCCAGCACUUCCACCCACCUGUCUGUGCUACUCCUCUCCUUUCCCUCCACAGCUUGGAGACCCUCUGGAGGCUUUCCCAGUGUUCAAGAAAUAUGACCGGAACGGGUUGAAUGUCUCCAUUGAAUGUAAGCGGGUGUCUGGACUGGAGCCAGCCACCGUGGACUGGGCGUUUGACCUGACCAAAACGAAUAUGCAAACCAUGUAUGAGCAGAGUGAGUGGGGCUGGAAAGACCGAGAGAAACGGGAGGAAAUGACGGACGACCGAGCGUGGUAUCUCAUUGCUUGGGAGAACAGUUCUGUGCCUGUUGCCUUUUCUCACUUCCGAUUUGACGUGGAGUGCGGGGAUGAAGUCCUGUACUGCUAUGAAGUGCAGUUGGAGAGCAAAGUGCGGCGGAAAGGCCUGGGGAAGUUCCUCAUACAGAUCCUGCAGCUUAUGGCCAACAGUACACAGAUGAAGAAGGUGAUGCUAACAGUAUUUAAACACAAUCACGGUGCCUACCAGUUCUUCCGAGAAGCACUACAAUUUGAAAUUGAUGACUCUUCUCCCAGCAUGUCUGGCUGCUGUGGGGAAGACUGCUCCUAUGAGAUCCUGAGCCGGAGAACCAAGUUUGGGGACAGCCAGCACUCCCACGCAGGUGGGCACUGUGGCGGCUGCUGUCACUGAACUCCCAGAGCCACUUACGUCAGAAUCUGCUCUCCUAAGGCCUGUCUUCUCCCCUGGUCUCACGUCACUUGCCAGGUGCCCUAAGAGCUGUGGUCUCCUCAACCCUGUAUGUACCAGAUGGCACCCUGAGAGCACAGAACCCUGGGGAGGAGUGGUCCACGCUGCCCCGUCUCCUCUCUCUUGGAAGAGCACAGUGCCAGGAGGGAAUGGAGGGAGAGGGUGCUACAGGAAGACCACUGCGGGCCGGCGGGAAGCUCCUCUCUUGUGGCUGCCUCCUCACUCCACUCAGAAGGUUCCCCUACUUCCCCACAGUUGGAUUCCUGGUGGACCUUCCCCUUCCCUGGACAAAUGGAAUGUUUUAUCCACUCUUGUGAAAGUUUUAAGAGUCCUGGUCUGGGGUCUGCUGGGCCCCAAAGAGGACUGGACUUUGUAUGAUCCAAGUGCAAAGCAAGAGAGAGAGACCCUGGUUCAGAGAGACCCUGGCUCCCUUACUUCUCGAUCUCAUGGAUGGCGCUCGUGUGGAGACUGCAUAGGCCUUCUACACCAAGAUACAGGGAAGCUCUUUCUAGCCACAUGCUUGUAGAUCCACAGAGUGGAGUUGUCCAGGGACCGGCCAACCGGAAGGCUGCCUCUCUCCAUUGCUGUCAGGGAGGGCGGACAGGACCAGCCAGGUGUCCUGGGGGCUAACAUGGGGAUGCCUGCUUCUCUGGGCUCUUAGACUUUGCUGCAUUCUAAGCUUGACCUCUUGAUCUCAUGGCGGUGACUUGAGCUUUUAAUUCAAGAAGAAAGCCAGAGGCCCUGCCUGUUCCUCUCCAUUGCCCUCUCGACACUUUCUCCCCUGCCUCUUGCCUCCACCCCAGAUACCUCUGUUCUUAGUCUCAAGGGGGGAGUAACAUCAGGGAGCCUCUUGUCUUCCCCCAGAAGGAUCCCUUGUUCCUGGUGUAGUUGAUACUUUCCUCUCACCUGUUGGUGCUGAUAUCUCUCUGAAGGUGGGAUGUCCCUCCCACCGCUGUCCUCCCUCUUCAGAGAGCCCCCAGCCAGCAGCAGGCCCCUCUGCCUGCACCCCCAGCCUCACCCCUCACUGUUUCAGUGAGGCACUGGUGCCACUGUCCUGGCCAAGCCGGGCCACAGCUCAGCUGCAGCAGGAAUGCCCUUCAGUGGCCCAAACAGCUGCUCUGCUUUUCUCUCUGGUGUCAUCCUGUGUCAGCAGGUUGGAGCAGUGGGAGAAGGCCUUCCUCUUAGAGGUGUAGAGGAUGUGGGCUCUGAACUUACACUCAUCCUGAUCUCUAGGCCUUGUUCCUCUUCCAGAAGAAAAACCAAAUCUUUAUCCAGGAAAAAGCACCUAACACCUCCCUUUUGACGUCCCAAGCUUUGCUUCAGGGAAUGUCGUGAAGGUUCUAGCCUUUGUGCAGUUGUCUCCUAGGGGGUCCGUCAGCCCCUCUGCUGCUGGAGUCUGCUCACUCCACCCUCUGCCCUUACUCAGGUGGUCUGUCCUGGCAGAUCUCAUUAGAGUGGUCCUUGCUUCUCACCCAGAGUCCUGCCUGCAUAGCAGCCUGUGCUCAUGAGGCCUCGCUUCCCAGCCUGGCCUCUGCUGAGAGCCUGGUGCUGCUCUCGACCCCACCAGCAGCGGGCCUGGCACUCCUGGGAGAGGGCCUCGCAGCUUUACACUGGAUACGGCCACGGUCGCCUUGCCUGCUGGCUCCCUGGGGUUUUACCCCAGUGAGAGUUGAACUUUUUGGGUAGGGGUUGGCAAACUCCUAAGAAUCACAAAACAACAAGAGCACGUUUAGGAAGAGUCUGAUCCCUGUCUCAAAGUACAGAGUGCUAAAUAUUUAUUGUCUUAGAUCAUGAAUUUCUGAUACCUCCCACUCAAGGGGACCAAAAGGAACCCCCAGUAUAGACCCCAUUUGAGGUGAGCUCAGUUUAUGUUGUCUCUUUCCAGUCAUUGGUAAUGGGAUGCUCAGGGCCAUGCCCUGCUUCCCCCAGCCUCUGCAGGCCAUGUCCCAGAGGCGGCAUCAGGAGGUUAGGCUGGGAGGUUAGGCACUGGCUGAGACUGCAGGUGUGGGUGUUGGGCCCUCAUGUCUCAGAUGGCAGUUUCCACCUCCCUUGGGUCUUGGUUUUGAGAAACAGCAGGCCUUUUUUGUUGUUUUUUUUUGUUUGGGGCAUGUUAAGAUAUAUUUUUAAGUUUUUUUUUUUUUUAAGUUGUAUCUGCUCUAUUUCAGGUUAUUUGUUGGUGUCAGCUAUGUAUGGUUCUUUUUAACCCUUUGUGUUUUUUUAGAGAAAACUUGGAAGAUAAACUUCUUGAUAUAUAUAUUUUUUUCUUUAGCAACUUGUUAUCACUGGAAUCAAAGGGAAAAGUGAUCUCUUUUUUGCAUUGGUUGUAUUUGUAUGUCACAAAUAAAAGACACUUUGUUCA